UGACGUUGCUUACAAAACUGAACAAACUGGAAGAUAACUCAAUUGUAAGCGUAAGAACAGAAAAAGAAACUGAACGACAAUGUCAGAAAACGUUAAUACAACCAUGAAUGCAACACAGUCAUCGAGCUGCGCCAGUAAUCCUACAGCAGAAAAACUCGGAAAAACCGCCGCUUACUGCCUGAUCUUUCUUGUCUCGCUGGCUGGAAACACCGUCAUUGGAAUAAUUGUUUACAAGACGAAAACAAUGAGAAAGCCCAUCAACUUCUUAAUUGUAAACAUGGCCAUGUCCGAUCUGCUGUUUUCGAUUUUUAUUAUUCCUCAGGAUAUACAAAAGCUCUAUAUAGACUCCUGGCUGAUCGGUGGUCCUCUUGGCCAGGCCUUAUGUAAGCUGACUUACUUCUUAUCAGAUGUCUCCACUGCUGUGUCUAUUCAGAGCCUGGUUCUGAUAGCUGUGGAUCGAUUUGAAGCUGUGGUAUUUCCCCUCCGUUCCCCCAUCUUGAAUUCAAAACUGUGCCCGUUCUUCAUUCUCGCCACUUGGAUCGUCGCGAUGGCUGUUGGGUCCCCAGAGCUCGUCGCCGUUAAACUUGUUGAAUAUCUAGGAGGGCUGGUGUGUAGGCGGCUUUGGAAUGAAGCCUUCGGAGUGUCCUCGUCCUUUGAGAAUUACUACUUCUCCGGUGCUGUUGUAUUUAUUUUUAUUCCGUUGGUGUUAAUAGCCAUACUUUACAUUACCAUCUAUAUAAAGCUCAAAUUACAAAAAAUUCCGGGCCUGCUAUCGGCCAACGCUGGACAUCAACACCUGCAAAGGGAACGAAAUGUGCUAAAGAUGGCUAUUGCUAUUGUGUUAGGGUUUGCAUUAUGCUUGCUGCCUUUCGGUAUUGGCUCGUCACUCGCCCCCUUUGCAUCGGACAUGUGGACUUGUGGCUUCAAAAUCUUUUAUUCUGUCGGCCUUUUAAUGGUUCGCGCAAAUUGUGCCAUAAAUCCUUGCAUCUGUUUCAUUUUCAGUAGAAAUUAUCGUGAAGAACUUAAGGCACUCUUUAGAUAA